AUGCAUCGAUGUAUUUACACAUACCUAAGAAGUGUUUUUGAUACGUGUUCAUUAAUUUAAUUCUUUUAUGCUUUAGUUUAUAACGGGCCAUUGUUUAAUCAUGAGUCAAGCAUCCAGCGUUAUUUGGCGCCGAUCUGUCGGAUAUAGCAGUUUAAUAGCAUUCAUUAUUCUGAUGAUUGCAUGGAUCGCAGGGUUUUCUUCCCGUUUGUUUGCUGUAAUACGAUUUGAAUCCAUCAUUCAUGAAUUUGACCCGUGGUUCAACUACCGCGCCACCGCUUAUAUGGUUCAACAUGGAUUUUACAAGUUUUUAAAUUGGUUUGACGAGCGCGCAUGGUACCCUCUUGGCAGGAUAGUUGGAGGAACGGUAUAUCCUGGAUUGAUGAUAACAUCUGGUGGCAUCCAUUAUAUAUUACACUCUAUGAAUAUUCCUAUUCAUAUCCGAGAUAUCUGCGUUUUUUUGGCCCCAGUGUUCAGUGGAUUAACUUCAAUAUCUACAUACUUGCUCACAAGUGAACUGUGGUCUCAAGGUGCGGGUCUUUUUGCUGCAAGUUUUAUUGCCAUCGUGCCCGGAUACAUCAGUCGAUCCGUUGCGGGUUCUUAUGACAAUGAAGGAAUCGCUAUAUUUGCAUUACAAUUUACAUAUUUCUUAUGGGUGCGAUCAAUUAAAACUGGCUCCAUGUUUUGGUCGGCUGCCUCGGCGGUCUCAUAUUUCUAUAUGGUUUCAGCAUGGGGUGGAUAUGUAUUCAUUAUUAACUUGAUUCCUCUACACGUCUUUCUGCUAAUAAUAAUGGGACGCUAUUCGCCGAGGAUUCUAACAAGUUAUUCAACAUUCUAUAUCCUUGGUUUACUAUUAUCGAUGCAAAUUCCCUUUGUUGGUUUUCAACCUAUACGCACAAGCGAACAUAUGGCUGCUUUAGGCGUAUUUAUAUUGCUGAUAAUUGUUGCAAUAUUGCGACAUUUGCAAAGUGUUUUAUCUCGGAAUGAAUUUCGGAAGGUAUUCUUAUGUGGAGCUGUCAUAGCUGCUAUUAUCGUAUUUAUUAGCGUAGUAGCGCUAACUGUAUUAGGAGUAAUUGCACCAUGGAGUGGUCGUUUCUAUUCCUUAUGGGAUACAGGAUACGCUAAAAUUCAUAUACCAAUCAUUGCUUCUGUUUCUGAGCACCAGCCGACAACUUGGUUUUCAUUUUUCUUCGAUUUGCAUAUACUUGUUUGUUCUUUCCCCGUGGGAAUCUGGUACUGUGUGAAGUACGCUAAUGACGAACGUAUAUUUGUCAUUUUAUAUGCUCUAAGUGCAGUUUAUUUUGCUGGUGUCAUGGUUCGCCUAAUGUUAACUCUUACACCAGUGGUUUGCAUUUUGGCAGGAAUCGCAUUUUCGACUCUAUUAGAAGUUUUUCUUAAAGAAGACAAAACUUCUAAGCAAGGAGCGACAUUAUCUAAUGUGGACGAUCAUGAUGAUACCAACAUGGACAGAAAGAAUCUUUAUGAUAAGGCUGGAAAAAUAAAGUUUCGUCCAAAACAUGAUAUACAACAUGAGGCACGCGGAAUUGGUUCUAAUCUUAAAAGUGUCAUUAUUCUUGCCGUCUUAAUGAUGCUCAUGAUGUUUGCAGUUCAUUGUACAUGGGUUACAAGUAACGCCUAUUCAAGCCCUUCAAUCGUACUGGCCUUUCACAAUAACCAUGAUGGGUCUCGUAAUAUUUUGGAUGACUUUCGCGAAGCGUAUUAUUGGCUUUCACAAAAUACGGCAGAUAAUGCUCGAAUUAUGUCAUGGUGGGAUUAUGGAUAUCAAAUAGCCGGGAUGGCAAACAGAACGACUUUAGUUGAUAACAAUACAUGGAAUAAUAGUCACAUUGCUUUAGUAGGAAAAGCAAUGUCAUCCACAGAGGAUAAAUCUUAUGAAAUAAUGACUUCACUGGAUGUUGAUUAUGUACUUGUUAUAUUUGGUGGAGUAAUUGGUUAUUCCGGUGACGACAUUAAUAAGUUUUUGUGGAUGGUACGAAUAGCGGAGGGCGAACAUCCCAAGGAUAUCAAGGAAAGCGAUUAUUUCACUGACAGGGGAGAAUUUCGUAUUGAUUCCGAAGGUGCUCCUGCGCUCCUCAACUGCCUUAUGUACAAGCUUAGUUAUUAUCGAUUUGGGGAACUUAAGCUUGAUUACAGGGGACCAGCAGGAUAUGAUCGUACAAGAAACGCAAUAAUUGGAAAUAAGGACUUUGAACUGACUUACCUUGAAGAAGCGUAUACUACUGAGCAUUGGCUGGUGAGGAUUUACCGCGUAAAAAAGUCACAUGAAUUCAACCGACCUUCUCUAAAACGCAAUGAAAGAAUGCUGGCCCCAACAAAUUAUGUUUCAAAAAAGAACUCUAAACGUCGCAAAGGAUACAUCAGAAGUCGGCCAAUUGUAAUUAAAGGAAAGCGUACCAAAUAUAUUUGACCACAUAAAAUGUAACAAACAUCUUCUAUACUAAAAUACACAAUCAUUUCCAAACGAG